AUGAGGACCCUCCGAUACGUGCCCGAAAGCUCCCAAGACAAAAUUAUCUCUGAUGAAGAUGUCUUUGAAACACUACUGAAAAUAUUUAAAGCUCUGUUCAUAAAUGACUUCAGUAGACAAGCACAUAUUUUGGCCUUACUUCCAGAAGUCAGGUGUCAAUAUAUGAAAUUACUGACUGUUGAGCAGAAGCGAUCAAAAGUAGAUUCAUGUAACCAUCAGAAUCAACAUGUGUUUAGUCCAGAGGAAGUUCUGUUUAAUACACUGGGGUUCAGUAUUACUCGAGACCGUAGUUCCCUGGUGUCUGCUGGAACAGGAGUCUUUGUUACCAAAGGUUUUGUACCGAAAGGGACGCUUGUAUCCAUGUAUCCUGGUACAGUAUACAGAAAGCAUGAGCCCAUCUUUUUCCAGUCCCUUGGCAAUCCCUUUAUUUUCAGGUGCAUAGAUGGCAUCCUUAUUGAUGGGAACGAUAAAGGACUUUCAAGAUCAGUGUACAGGUCUUGCAGCAGGAGAGAUCAGCUUGGCCCAUUUCAAAUGAGCGACGAGAGCUGGCUCACAUCUGCCCUGCAAAACCCACUGGCCGUGGGACAGUAUGUCAACAACUGUUCACAUGAAAAAGCAGCCAACGUGUGUUAUCAGGAAUUUGAUGUGCCGGGAUAUUUUCCAGUAGAACUGAAACAGUAUCUUCCAAACAUCGUCUACAGCCAUGACAUAGAGAGCCAGCUGAGGUGUGUAGUGCUUGUCACUCUCAGAGACAUCAAGCAAGGAGAAGAACUUUUUUCUAAUUACUACACUGUUGUUAACUGA